CGAAGCGUUUCCUCCCACAAUUUACAAUUUUGGGGUGUUUAUAAUUGAUGUUCAUCUCCAUAAGUCUCUCAACAUUCUCAGAGAAGCCGUCUCUUUCCUGUAAUCUCUCAAUCUAUUAUCUUCUCUCCGAUUCCAAUGUCGAGCCGUUGGUUGAGACCCGAAUUACUCUAUCGAUCUUCGUUACUCUUUGAUUUCAUCUAAAUCAAGUGGAUAGAGUGCAUCCACUAAAUUCUCUGUCGACUACGUGUAUCCCCUGUUCGCCGCUACCGGAGUUGCCGUUGGGAUCUGCGCGUUUUCGUUGAUAAGGAACAUCCUGAAGUCAGAUAAUGGAAGAAAGGAAGAGAGUUAAGAAAGAUGAGAAAGGAUGGGCGGAUAUGAUUCAUGGGCUUACAGUUCCAGCUGAUAGAAACUAUCACGUCCAGACACUUCAUGAACCGAUAGGCGUAGCUGGACAAAUCAUUCCGUGAAACUUUUCGCUUUUAAUGUAUGCUUGGAAAGUUGGUCCUACUCUUACUUGUGGUAACUCCAUUGUCCUCAAAACCACUGAGCAAACGCCUCUCACCACUUUCUACGUCAGCAAGCUUCUACUUGAAGUGCUUCCCUCGCGAGUCACAUGGAUGUAGACAAGCUUGCUUUCACAGGAUCGAUUGAUACGGGAAAAGUUAUACUUGAAUUGGCUGCUAAUAGUAAUCUCAAGCCGGUAACUCUGGAACUUGGAGGGAAAUCACUGUUCAUUGUUUUCGAAGAUGAUGAUGUCGAUAAAGCUGUAGAGCUUGCACACUUUGCUCUCUUCUUCAACCAGAAAGUUAAUGAUGAGUUUGUUGGGAAAGCAAAGGCGCACGCGUUGAAAUGUGUGGUUGGUGAUCCUUUCAAGAAGGGCAUUGAACAUGGUCCUCAGAUCGAUUUGAAGCAAUUAGAAAAAGUGAUGAAGUACAUAAGGUCAGGUGUCGAAAGCAAUGCUACUCUUGAAUGUGGAGGGAUGUAUAUUAGGACGGCGAACGAAACGAGGUACAGGCUAGCCGUAGGGAUUUUUACAAAGAGCCUUGACACAGAGAAUAGGGUUUCGAGAGCUUUGAAAGUUGGCACCGUUUGGGUUAACUGCUUCGACGUCUUUGACGCAGCCAUUCCCUUUGGUGGUUACAAGAUGAGUGGCAAUGGCAGAGAGAAAGGCAUUUACAGUUUCAAUAAUUACUUGCAGAUCAAGGCAGUUGUCCCUGCUCUUAAUAACCCUGUGUGGAUUCAAUGAUUUCUUGUGGUUUUCAAUCAUAAAUGCUCAAAUAAAAGAACAUAAGACUCUUGAGUAACAGGAUGUGUGAUUGUCGGUUAUAAAUGUGUAAUCAAGUUCUCUCACUGUAACUUUGUUUCCACUCAUAUUAUAUUAGCUGUUAUAUUGUUUACAGAUUCUAUUUACAGGAUUCAUAGGACCAAAAAAUUUAGGUUGAUUUUUAUUAAUUUGUUUACUGUACUCAAC